AUGGAGCCAAACAUAAUUUUAUUUCGUGUUAUACAAAUAGUUGAAGUAACACUUAGGGGAGGUGAUAUAAAUAAUAAACUGGAAUUGAAGGAAUAUGAGUGGAUAACUAGGUUACAGGCAGACAAACCACCAGGAAUAAAUGAUGUUUCCCCACCAAAAACAAGUAUCACAAGAAAGAAGAAAAGAGGCGAAGAAAAGAGGCGGCAGCAGCAGGAGGAGCAGCAGAAGAAGAAGCCAAAUACAGUUCCCCUUGACCCUAUAGCCAGACGAGCACAUGAACUCCGCCAGCUGGGUCUUCAUCUUCAGCGCGUGCCGCCUACUAUCUUGGCCAAAGAACUCAAACGAGGGGUCCUGUAUCAGGAUGAGGAGAUUGUGGCAAUCAACAAGCCAUAUGGAAUUCCAGUGCAUGGUGGCCCUGGGGUUCAGAACAGCAUCACUGAUGCGCUGCCUGCUUUGGCCAAGAUGAUGUACGGAAUGCAUGAGCAGCCUUUACAUCUCUGGAGCCCCGGGUCAACAUUAUACUGUUCAAGAUGCUCUUUCAAACAUAUGAAUAAAACUAUCAAAAUUAUCACCUUUUGGUAG